UCCUCGCAACAAUAAACAAAACAGACCCAUGUGGUAGCCCAGCUGGCCAGCUGGGGAAAGGGUUGCAAGCUUACAGUGUCCUUAGUUUACAGUGUUUCUUCAGCUGGAGCAACAUGCGGACAGCCACUGUGGAGGAGCUGCGGAUUUUGCAGGGAAAGCCACGAAAUGUGCGCAAUGUUUGUGUGCUGGCUCACGUGGACCACGGCAAAACGACUCUCGUUGACUCGCUGGUCGCCAGCAAUGGAAUUAUCUCAGCCGCUAUGGCAGGAAAACACAGAUACAUGGACAGUCGGUCAGACGAACAGGAACGGGGCAUCACCAUGAAGAGCAGUGCCAUUGCUUUAAAACAUACCUAUGAGGGUGAGGAUAUGUUGAUCAAUGUGAUCGAUUCCCCUGGACAUGUGGACUUCUCCAGCGAAGUGUCCACUGCAGUUCGACUAUGUGACGGAGCCAUCGUCGUAGUUGAUGUUGUCGAAGGAGUGUGCCCCCAAACCAAAGUGUGCAUCCAGCAAGCGUGGACCGAGAACCUUAAACCUGUGCUGGUACUCAACAAAAUCGACAGACUCAUAUAUGAAAUGAAACUACAGCCUCUUGAUGCCUACGUUCAUUUGACACAAGUUCUUGAACAGGUGAAUGCUGUAAUGGGUGAAUUGUUUGCCUCUGAGGCGAUUUCCAAGGGUACGGAUACCUGGACAUCUGGAUUAGAAGCAGCAGAUGAUUCCCAGCUUUACUUCAGUCCAGAACAGGGAAAUGUUGUAUUCGCCAGUGCUGUUGAUGGGUGGGCUUUCAACGUCAGUUACUUUGCAAAAAUGUUUGCACCAAAAAUGAAUUUAGAUCCGGUCGAGGUACGGAAGUUUGUGUGGGGAGACUUUUAUAUCAAGGGGAACAAAAUAGUUGCUGGCGCCCAGGAAAAAGCAAAGAAGCCAAUUUUUGUGCAAAUGGUGCUAGAUAACUUGUGGUCGGUGUAUGAAGCGAAAGACAAGGAGAAGCUAAAAUUAAUGGCACAGAAGGUGGGCUGUCAGAUGAGUGCCAGAGAUGCUCGGCACCCGGACCAUCGUGUACAAAUCAAAGCCCUUCUUGCCCAGUGGUUGCCUCUAGCCAACUCAGUAUUAGAUAUGGUUUGUAAAGAUGUUCCCUCUCCCGCCAAUUUAAGCGAAGCUCGAGUUACUGGUCUCAUGAGCUCACAACUUGGAACAUUCGACAUCUUGCCAGAAGAGAGCAAAGCUCUUAAGGAGUCAUUUAUGGGAUGCAGUGCCUCAGAUAAUGCACCAGUUAUAGUAUUCAUCUCCAAAAUGUUACCAGUUGAAAAGCGUGAUCUGCCUGAAAAUAAGCCAAAACCAAUGACUUCAGAGGAAAUCGCAAGACGGCAGCAAUUAGCAAGAGAAAUACGUGCUCAAAUGUUGGAAAAGGCCAAAGCAGGGGUAGGCGCAAUCAAAAUGAAUGAUGAAAAAGAGGAAACAAAAGCUGAUGUGGUUGAAACUAAUGAGGAAGAGGAACUACCAGAGAUAAAUAUGUCAUUUGUUGCGUUUGCAAGAGUCUUCAGUGGCACCAUCAAACAAGGCCAAACUCUGUAUGUUCUAAAUCCAAAACACGAUCCGCAUGAUGCCCUCAGAAGGCUUUCAGCUGGGGAAGAUGUUGGCCCUCAUGUUCUUCCUGUCACUGUGUCUCAUCUCUAUAUCCUAAUGGGGCGUGAGCUGGAAGCUGUGGAUUUCGUCCCAGCUGGAAACGUACUAGGAAUCGGAGGCCUGGAGGAACAAGUGCUUAAAAGUGCUACUUUGUCAACCACUGUUGCUUGCCCAGCCUUCACAGAGCUGCAGCAAGCUGCAGAACCAAUUCUGCGCGUGGCAUUGGAGCCAAAACUGCCCAAGCAAAUGCCGCGUCUUGUCAGAGGGCUCAAAUUGCUAAACCAGGCUGAUGCAUGUGUUCAGGUGCUUGUGCAAGAGACUGGAGAGCACGUUAUUAUAACAGUGGGAGAAGUGCACUUACAGAGAUGCAUUGAAGACCUCAAACUGAGGUAUGCAAACAUUGAACUGAAUGUGUCAGAUCCAAUAGUCCAGUUCAGAGAAACCAUCAUUGAGCCGCCAAAAACAGACAUGGUAAAUGAAGCCAUCACUGACGCCUCAAUGGUUAAAGAUAUUGAGGUUUGGACCGCCAACAAAGGAGCAUUCCUAAAACUUCAGGCUGUCCCUCUGCCUACCGAAAUUACCAGUCUUCUGGAAAAUAGUAGACAACAGUUGCGACUGGACCCGUUUAAAAUAAAGGAAAAAUUAAGGGCUGCAUUCGCUGAUGCCAACUGGCCAAUUGACACUGUCGAUCGGAUAUGGAGCUUUGGGCCCCGCAGAUGUGGCCCCAACAUUCUGCUCAACCGAAUUGAGGGUCACAAAGGCAGCGUUUGGACAGAAGAAGGAGCCUAUGGCAGUACCUUCAUCAAUGGUUUCCAGCUGGCCACCUUUGCUGGACCCUUGUGUGAAGAGCCCCUCAUGGGUGUUUGUUUCAUUGUCCAGGAUUUCAAAGAAGAGGGUCAAGUUAUAACUGGACAGCUCAUGUCUGCAGUAAAAGAGGCCUGUCGAAAAGCAUUCCAGUCGCAGCCUCAGCGCCUCAUGCUGGCUAUGUACACUUGCAACAUUCUGGCUAACGCAGACAUCCUCGGUAAAAUGUACGCUGUCCUGGGGCGUCGUCACGGCCGCGUGCUACACGGAGACCAGCAGGAGGGCUGCACCACGUUCAGCGUAAAUGCCGUCCUCCCCGUCGUCGAAAGCUUCGGAUUUGCUGGAGAAAUCCGCAAACAAACCUCAGGGCUGGCCAGCCCACAGCUCGUGUUUAGCCACUGGGAGGUUCUGGACGUUGAUCCCUUCUGGGCUCCUAGCACUGAAGAGGAGUAUCUGCAUUUUGGUGAAAAAGCCGAUUCCGAAAACCGAGCCAGGAUGUACAUGGACAACGUUCGGCGAAGGAAGGGACUGACUGUUGAGCAGAAACUUGUUGAGUUCGCCGAAAAGCAGAGAACCCUCUCCAAAAAUAAGUGAAUCCACGUGCGACGUUUUUUAUCCAAGGGACUUCCUUUUUAUGUAAUUUAUUCUUUAAAUAAAUAAAAGUAAAAC